AUGUGGCAGGCAGCGACGAACUACCGGAUGUUUGGCGCGCCGCGCGCAAUCGGUUGCUUCCACGGCGUGGUGGCCCUGGGCAUGUCCAGCGGUGUCACCUUUGUGCUUCUGCCGCGCGGCCUGUCUACCGACGCCGGCACUGAUGCCGGGCCCAAGGUGAUGAAGCUGGGCGAGCCGCGGCCGGGGGAUGGAGCGGAGGUCAGCGCGCUCGGCUUCAGCCCCGCUGGAAAUCUGCUGGGAGUGGGCCAUGCCAACGGCGAUGUGGCCUUCUGGGAGCUCAGGCGCAGCGGCUGGGAGUGCGUCAAGACCGUCAAGGAGGCGCACGUGACGGCAGUUGUGGGGUGCGCGUUCCUGGAGGGAGGGAACGCGGCAGAACGCGCGGUGGCGCUCACCUCCGACAGCCGUGGCCGCCUCGUGCACCACAACGUGUCAGCCUACGCAUCCAUCACCAACUUCCUCGCAGGACGCCUGUCUAAGGGUACGCAACCGACGUUGGUGCUGGACGGGCGGCAGCUGGGGCCCAUCUGCCGCAUCUCCGCUCUGCCGCUGCCGCGCGCACCGCCACACCGGCUGGCCAGCCCCGACGACGCCGCACGUUCCCUCUUCUUCCAGGAUGGUGCAAGUCCGUUGGAUGGUAUGGUGCUGCUGUGCACUGCGCGGGCAGCCUACGUGGCGCGCAUGCUGCCGGACGCCCGCCUCAACAUCCUGCACAAUAUCCCCCGGCCCCCCAACGCCCCACAGGCAAGCUGCUUUUGGCUGCUUGCCGCACGCUGCCUGGCGGGUGAGCACUGCGCCGCUGGCCGGCCGGGCUAUUGGCGCUGUGCUGGCGGCUGCAUGGGGCUCGCGAGGGGUCAGGGUGAGACCGAGGAACCGGCAGCGCCGCUGCCAGUGAGCAUGAGUCAGAGCUGGGAGGCGGAGCAUCCAGUCAUCGGCCUGGCCUGGCUGGAGGGGCCUGUUCUGGCGCUGCUGCUGGAGCAUGGGUUGCGCACGCUGCUGCACCUGUACAACCAGCAGGGGACGCAGAUAUUGGAGCGGUUGGACCUGGAUGACUCGCUAAUUGGUCACCAGCACAUGGCAGCCAACCCAGACGCCCCCGACACAGCAUUCCACUCCGCGCUGGCUGCCUCUCCCGAGCGAAUGGUCCUGCUCACCACGCAAGGUGCCAGGGGUGCGCGAGUCAUGGGGUGGCAGGAGCGGCUGGCAGUGCUGAGGGACAUGGGCCGCUGGGAGCAGGCCCUGCUGCUGGCACUCACCCUGCUGGAAACCGCACAGGGCACUGCGGCCAGAACAGGCGACGCCAAAACAGGACGCGGGGAUGUUUUGCUGCGAGGCUCCGGCCGGGGAGCCGACCCCAACGCCGUCAAAGAGGCGCUCUGGGUACUCCUGCUGUCCUACCUGGACGCCUGCCUGCCAGGCGGCAGCGAAGCCGGUGUCGGCCGAGCGGCGGAGACGGCGAUCGAUGUUUGCCUGGGGCUGGAAAGGGAACGCCUGCUCUGGAGCGACGUGGUCCCCCGAUUUGCCCAGCAAGGCGGGGCGCGCGGGCAGCUUCUGGAGCGGCUUCUGCCCAGGAUCAUGGCCGGGCAGCUGCACGCGCUCGCGCCAGAGGUCAUGCAGGCGCUGGUGGAGCAGUGUGCGGCUGGCGGCAAGGCAUCGGCCGUGGAGCGCUGCGUGACGCGGCUUUGCCGCGCGCACCGGCUGCAUUCGGCGCUGGCGUUCCUUUUCAACCGCGCGCUGGCCGACUACACAGCGCCGGCGGCCGAGCUGCUGCUGGCGCACGUGCACGCGCGGCGCGAGUCAUCCGAUGACUCCCCCGCUGACUCACCCGCCGCCGGCUGGAGCGCCUGCCGCGCCAACGGCUACAAGCUGCUCGUAUACCUGCACUGCUGCCUCGCCGGCCGCGCGUUUCCUCCCGGCAUGGGAGAUAUACCGGCCGAGAUGCGCGCAAGUGUGAAGGAGCAGCUCCUGGCGUUUCUGCUGUAUUCCACGCUGGGUUCGCUGCAGCAGCUGGCGGCCGCGUUCGGAGGCGAUGCUGAGGAUGAUUACGGCGCCGAGGAACCCGCCGAGCAGCUGCUGCCGGGGCCGCACGCCGCGCUGCGCUGCCUGUUCUGGCUCGAUGCAGGAGCGGUGCUGAGGAUACUGCGGCGGGCGCUGGAGGGAUGGGACGCUCUGGAGACAGACCUGGCAGAGGCGGCCGGCACCGGCAUGGCGCUGCCGGCAAACGCGCGGUCCGGCAGCCGCUCGGCCACGCAGGCCAUCGUGGACGCCCUCGUAGACAUCGUCGGCGCCAGAUCAGGCGACGGCGCCAAAACAGGCGACGGCGCCAAAUCAAGGCAGGAUCAUGACUCCACACAGAUGGAUGAAGGCACGUCCCUGGCGCUGGACUUUGUCGCGGAGUUUGUUGUGGCCGGCCGCGCCGCAAUCGAUCCGGAGGUCGCAGUGCGAGUGCUGCAGCAUCUGGCGACGCCAGAUCAGGCCGCUGAGAUCACUGGGCCCCCCGGGUCCCCCAUGCCGGAGGGGAGGGGACCCCCCAGCGGUGGCGGCGAGCGGGAGGACCGCUUCGUAGCGGUGCUGAUGAAUAGCGGGCUGGCGACGGGGGCCGCCGUGCCAGACUGGGUGACUCGGGACAUCCUGCAGCUCGCCAAGCGCGCUGGAUUCCUGCAGGCCGAGGCGCAGGUGCACCAUUUGGCGGGUGACUAUGGCGCGGCCCUGGGUUGCCUGCUGCAGCCGGGGCGCGGCGGCGGCGCAGCCGCCGCCGCCUUCGCCUACGUGACGGCGGCGCUCGGCGGGGGGCGCGCGGCGGCGCGGGUCCCCCCAGCGAGGGUACCGGCGUUACGGGCCGCCGCGCUGACCGCCAUGCCGCGAUUCGUCGAGGCCGACAGCGGCGCGGCGGCGCGGCUGGUGCUGAAGGAGUUUCCGGGGGACCAUGGUGCGGUGGUGGAGAGCUUGGGGGCGUCGCCGGCGUUGCAGUACCGGUACCUGAAGGGCGCCAUGGAGGCGACGGCUGAGCAGUUUGCGGCGACCUUUGACAGCCCGACGCGUGCAACAGCCGAGGUGGCAGCCGCAACGGCGCAGGAGGCAUUACUGGUGCAGGCUGGGGCCGGGGAGCUGUAUGCGCGGCUGCUGUGCGAGUUCGAGCCGGCGGCCACUCUGUCCUUUCUGCAAGCACACGACUCGUAUCGCGUUGAGGAAGUCCUGCCGCACACGCAGCGGUUCGGGGUGGAGGAUGCGCAGGCGUACCUGCUGGAGCGCCUGGGUGACAUGCAGGCGGCGCUGGGAAUCUUUUGCGCCGCAGCCGAGCGCACCAACACGGCUUUAGUCGCGCGCAUCCUUGACGGUUCCGUGCCGGCCGGUGCUUUGCCCGCGCCCGCGCAGGGCCGCCUCAACCGCGCAGCAUCUGGAGGGCACGCCGUAGCGCAGGAGACCACUCCACUGGCGCGGCUAUUUGCGCAUGGGACCGCCGAGAACCGCGCGCACAAGCGCGAGCCGGCCGGCGAAUCGAGCGUGCCGGAGCUGGCGGCUGCACAGGCUGCGCUGAAGGGCGCUGUGGCGCUUUGCAAGAGGCACUCGCGGGAUGCGGCUCCUCAAGUCGCGGAGGAGCUGUGGUUCGGAGUGCUGCAGAGUUAUGUCACCCAGCUGCGCGAUGUGCGCCGGAGGCAACGCGCCGCAGACGCGCCGCCAGCCGCCGAUGUGGGGGACCUGCACAGGGAACGCCUGCUACUGGCGCAGGAGACGGUGACUGCGCUGAUGGAGGAUGUGAUAGCGCACAUGGCGGGCUACGUGCCUCUCAAGGCCAUCGCCGAACGCAUCCUGGCCGCCUACGCGCGCGACCCCUUCGGCGACUUCAAGGGCACGCUGGUGGGCCUGCUGGCGGCGUUCAGCUACGAGCUGAGCAUCCUGCACGCGGCCGCUCGGCUGACGCACGCCGACGCCUUCAGGACACUCCACGCCCUCUACCGCGAACGCACCCACCCCCUCCCCGCGCCAACCGCUGUACCCUCAACCUCUGCAGACGGCGCAAUCAUUAGCUCCUCCGCGCCAGUCACCAGGCCAUCCUCUGCUGGUGAUGGUGUAGAGGAGGCAGCUUCAUCAUCGUCAUCCGCGGCGGCGUCUCCGGCGAAGCUUCUCAAGUCGCCGCGGCUGUCCCUGUCUGCAGGGGCGUCCCUGGGCGCCCCACCCCAGACCCCCCGCAUGCAGGUUCUGAGCAAUAUCAAUUCGGGCACAUUUGCGGUAACUGGCAAGUCGAUCGGCCUCAUGCUGUCACCGGCUGCCGACAAAGUGCGCUCGCCUCCGCCGCCAAUGCUGGCUGGCGCUGCCAAUUCGAAUUCGAAAUCGGGAACGUCGCCAAAUCAGGCGCAGGCCCGGGCAGGCCCAGAGCAGCGGCUGCGCGCGCUGCAGUCGCCCAACGGCCGCAGCGGAUUUGCCGCAGCUUCGAGAAGGCUGGCUGGCAGCAGUGGGGGCCCUCAGAAUCUGGCAGAGCCGCCCAGUCCAGCCCACAGGGGCGGCGUCGACAUUAAUUACCUUCGAAUGCACGACGUCCGACUGGGCUGA